CGGAAGAGUGGCGUGAUUAAACAAAGUAGAACUUACGCGAAAUUGGUCACUGUUUUAUUUAGGCCUCUUUUCAUUUGAAUAUGUGAUUAGAUAAUUAGGUCGCAGAUAGCUAUUUUUACAGGAGUCUGGAAAAUGCAUGGACAGCAGGCUAGCUGGCUGGCUAGUUACGUUACUUUCAACUGGUAAACACGGGUGUGUGCGCUUAGGUUGGUUAGCUAGCUAGAGUUACACUUUAUGGUAGGUGGAACAGUGACAUUGUACGCUUCGGCUAAGUGAAUGGAUUACUGUGUUCACUUCUAGACUCAGUACCUGUCUCAAGACUUAAGUAAAGUUUUGCCAAUGAGUUCAUAUUUGAGUUUUGCAGCUAAUGCUGGUACACAAAUACAAACGGCUACCUAACUAGCUGUUGGCUAACAAACAAUAUAGCAACUGGUAUACAACUAGUUACCUAACCUAGCUAGUUAUAGCUUUACUUUAACCUAAACAUUGAGCGAUUUAGCAGUGAUAAGAUACAUGUUAUCUAACCUAGGCUAAUCACAGCGUUUAGCUGACUGGUCUUAUGGCUGGAGUGACAUAUUUGGGCCCUGUUUGACGGCUCUCGAGAGACCAGUCUGGAUUUGGCCGUGAAAUUAGGUUUCUGCUAAUGGGAUGUGUUUAGACAACCUUUAGCUACCUAAAGCCGUCAAUACAUAACUGGUUAAACCGAGUGAAGUUAAACUUUUGUUUCCUUUUGCAAUGCAUAAACAGUAAGCUAUAGAAAACAGACUGUUGGUUAUCAGCUGCAAAUGGACAUUACUAAAUACUUUAACCCAUUUAUUUAUACGUAGAUGUAUUCUAAAUAUUCAGAGGUACAAUGUGACGUUUGCCCCUAAUAGGGUAUCAUCUGAUAUCACUGAGCGGUUUACACAGAAGUAGGACACAAUCGUUGAAUAUAUUGAUGCGGUAAGGCAAAACAUAAGUUGAAAAUUUUAUGCUAUAGAAAGCCACGAGGAGAUCCAAAAUGUGUAUGGGCUUGUUUUUUCAUUAUCAUUCAGUCGCCAGAGGCACAGUUCCUUAUGAGUCACGUUACUACUCACUGAGUCGCUUCGCUGCAAGCUCUAUUGGAGUUUAAAAAGUUGCUGAUUGCUACUGUAUCGUACAUUAAAGAGUGCCUGACCGAAAUGCUCUCAUGGAAUUAUUGUCUGGGCAUGCUACGUGUGGCCCAAUUUGUUACUUAAGUUUAAUAAACACCUAUCUGAAAGAACAUACAUGUUUCUUUAAACAUUCCUGCAUGAAAUAAAAUCAAGAUGAACGAUGGCAUGAACGUUUUAUUCAGACACAGGGAGAAAACUAAGCUGUUGGCAGUCGUUUUGAUAGGCUGAUUGUCUAAUGAGUUGCACCUCUAUCCAUUUUAGCUACCUGUGGUCAUAUAAUGUGCUCAAGUCAUGCUUGGUACAUGUGUUAAUUUGUGUUUGGUGGAGUGUGAAGUAUUUUUAUAUCCAAACAGAAACUGAUUUAUUUAAAAAAUGCAUGGGCUAAAAUAGUAUUGUCCUCACUGUUAUUCAUGACACAUUCAUGGGGGCAAACUAGAAUUACAUUUAUGUACAUUUAUAUAUUACUGUAUUAAUGUAUCCAUGUGUCCAUAUUGCUUUGCCUCAUGGUCAUAAAUAAAUCCAUACAACUAAUUAUAAUAGUUAAUAGAAAAAUUGUAAAAAAUUAAUACAUUUGACUGUAUGCAUCCAUGUGACAAAGUACCAUAAUCCAUAACAAUAUGACAUGCACUUUCAGGUUCUGUAGGGCUGCUGCUGUUUUCUAUUUUCUGUGCAUAAGUUUAGAUGUUAACUCUUAAUAGUUCAGGCAGUCUCACUCAACUAGCCUGCUUAUCAUGCAGGAACAUCACAGUAUGUUGAUAGCAGUGCUAUGAUCUGUUUGCCUUUCUGCCCCUCCUUUUACACUUUUGCACAUCUCAAGCCAUGUUUACUGGGGUUGCUUUAACCUAUACAUCAGGCAUGUCAGUAACAGAAGGCCUUAAUGACAUCAAAACCUGAAUUGCAGAAGUUACAAAUGUUGUACUGUUCCCAGACCAGUCCACAGCUAAUGUACAUAUGGUAUCCUGGUGUGAGGCCAAUCUUGGUCAAUAUUGAUAGUCUGAACUGUAUAGGCUGGGUGUUAAUAGUCAGUUAGACAUGGAAGGAAACUUUUUAGCAGAGAAUGACAUUCAGAGGAAUGUGUAGCUUAAAAGAAUUUUAAUGGUAUCCAGUGCCUUAAAAUAAUUUGAAUUCUUGGUCUAGUGCAUUUGUUAUGGUUUGCAAAUUAUAUCUUAAAUUGUUCUUGGCUACAUUUGGUCCAGACAGCCUUGUUUGCACUAGGCUCUUUGUAAGCAGUAGCUGACAAUCUGACAUUUGCACAGCAAAAAAGAGGGGAGAUGGACCAAGAUUUUUUUGCCAUGUGAUAGAAGAGUUAAAUAUUGAAAUGAAAUCAUAAUGAAUUUGGCAGUCAAGUUAGGUCAUUGUACUCUGUGUUCAUCAAGCCUGCCGUACAGAGCAUGACAUGAUUGAAGAUGAUGCAGAAAGAAAAAGAUGAAGAGCGAAACAACUGGGGGGUUCUUCCUACACACAGGGACUGCCUUUUGUUUUGAUGCCUGCUGUUCAUCACAUGAAGGGAAUUAUUAAUGCUGCAUCGUGACAAACCACAGAGCCAGCCAAAGUUGGCAAAAGUUGACUACCACUAUAGAAGGGGGAAGCUGGUGAUUCUGAGGCUAUGUUAACAGUACUUGUGAACAGUGAGUAUCUGAAUUGUCUGAAAAAUGACAUGCCUUUGACUGUUUAGUGGAUGUGAAUAGGAAGCUGUUCUUCUCAGUCUCUCUCACUUGUUUGACCCUUGUGAAUGUUAACAUUGUAAUAGUCCUAAAGCCAGGCCAGAAGAAGGUCAAGCUGUUAUGUCUUAAGGCUCUGAAUUCUUGAUUAUUAGCCUGCUAAGCACAAUCAUUCUUCUUUUAUACAUUUUGGUCCUUUUUUGAAACAUCAAAGUUUGUGAUGCUUGUGAAAAUGGGAGCAAAUGAUGUAAAUAAAAAGCAAAAAUCAUAUAUUAUUUUCAAAGUGCUUGCUAGCUUGCUUGCUUUCUAGUUGGAGUUGGUGUAUUAAAUUAAGAAAGUUGCAUUGCCAGGGUCCUUUUGUCUAACUGUUUGUCAGUAAACUACUUGAUGCAGAUAUGGAAAUUGCUCUGUUUUUAUUAAUACUUGUGAUAGAUUACCAUCUACGAAAUGGUAAUCUAUCAUAUACAAUGUCUUUUAAAAAUCAUAUCCAGCUCUAUAUCUUUAAUGCGUGUCUGUUUGGCAGAGGUUUAUUUCACAGAGAGGGAAUGCUGUUAAUUUAACCCAGGUUAGACUGCCUGUUGAUAGUUUGUCCAGGGACUCAAACUGAUCACUGUUAUGUGUUGCAUUGAUGAACUGGAGCGCGUGAUCAACUGCCCAAAGCCAGCCGCUCGCAUCACAGUAGAGGAAGAGGAAGAGAGGCACUGUGCGGACGUGGAGAGCCACAGGCCUGUGCUGCCUGGGAGAUGUCUCCUCUGAGCUCCUCUCCAGCUUCUCAGCAGUGGAGUGUUACAUCACUUGAAGUCCGUUCAGAAUUUGAGGACCUGUCACGCAAUAGGUUGUCCGAGUUGCCAGUGGAGGUGUGUAUGUAUGUGUCAUUGGAGAACUUGAAUUUGUACCAGAACUGCCUUCGCUCACUGCCAGAAAGUCUCAUCAAUCUACAGGCCCUCACAUAUCUGAACAUCAGUCGCAAUCAGCUGUGCACUCUGCCCGCUCAUGUGUGCAGCCUGCCUCUGAAAGUGCUGAUCGCCUGCAACAACAAAUUAGUGUCCCUGCCCGAAGAGCUUGGCCAUCUCCGGCAGCUCACAGAACUGGAUGUGAGCUGUAAUGAGAUCCAGACCCUGCCUUCCCAGGUGGGCCAGCUCGAAGCUCUGCGGGACCUGAACAUUCGCAGAAACCACCUCGUUCGCCUGCCUCCUGAACUGGCUGAACUGCCUCUAGUGCGUUUGGAUUUCUCCUGUAACAAGGUGACCGUCAUCCCAGUAUGUUACCGCAACCUCCGUCACCUCCAAAGCAUGGUGCUGGACAACAAUCCUCUUCAAAGCCCACCUGCACAGAUCUGUAUCAAGGGGAAGAUCCACAUAUUUAAGUAUCUGAACAUGGAGGCAUGUAAAAUAACUCCAGACCUCCCUGACUAUGAUAGGAGACCUCUUGGCUUCGGUUCUUGUGUGGAGGAGUUGUAUGCAGGUCGGCCAUAUGGCGCUCUGGACUCUGGGUUCAACAGUGUGGACAGCGGAGACAAGAGAUGGUCAGGCAAUGAACCCUCUGAUGAGCUGUCAGACCUCCCGUUGAGAGUGGCAGAAAUAACUAAAGAGCAAAGGCGGGAAAGGGACAGGAAGCGGGACGAGCACAGGACAGGCUCGCUGCAGGCCAAUGGGACAUUGGAGACAGAGCUUGAGCAGAUAGAUUUUAUUGACAGCUGUACAUGGGAGGAAGAGGAGGAGGAUAUACGUCCCCGAACAGGGGAUUCGGUCAGCCUUAGCUCCCAGUUUAUGGCCUACAUCGAAAGACGAAUCACCCGAGAGGGUUCACCAGCUAAGCCAUGUCCCUCCAGAGACACGAGAGCUGAUGAUUCAAGACGCCAUGCCUCAUCAUACAGUCGAAAUACGUUACCAGAUCCAGUCAGCACUUUGUCACCUGCUCAUCUCCAGCGAGCAUUGCCAGGUUCUGCUGUGGGGGUGGAGCGUGCACGGAGGGAGGCCCAGCUUGCAGCCCAGCGGUACGAGGAGGAGCGGCAGAAAGCGAGGAGCAUGCAGAAAGACACUGUCAGGAGUUACGCCAAGUCCAAGUCAGCUCACAGUCCCACUAAGCUCAGUCCUCCAGACAACGAGACCCUAUACCCCUCCAGACGCUCCACUCAUACAGAUGACUCGGCCCUCUUCAUGGGUGAGCUCGAGCCAUUAAUGGUGUUUGAAAUAGACAUAGACACCAACACUAUAAAGAAGAGGCCUGACCCUCAUAAGCAGUCUCUCUCUGGUAAAGCGGUGGAUGGGGGUGUGUCUCCCUCCACAGCCCCUGCUCCCUCCUGUUUAUUUCAGCAAGGGGAAGAUCGUACCUCACUUUCCCCAGCAGCCUUGCAGACACCUACAUACCCUGGACCUGCUGCUCCGCCCUCCUCCCGCGGCCCGGCCCAGCGUCCCGAGAGCUUUCUUUUCCGCCUCAGCCAAAGGGAGGAGAAAAAAAGGGGAGAAUCUAGGAGUGGGAGGCUGGAACCUGAAGAGGCUGUUCCCAGCCCCUUGGUGGCAUCUGGUCCCAUAGGAGAGGAAGCUGAACUGGUGGAGCAGCUGAGGAAGAACAUUGAAUCCCGGCUGAAAGUGUCUUUGCCCAGUGACCUGGGGGCGGCACUGACGGAUGGGGUUGUGCUGUGUCAUCUGGCCAAUCACGUCCGACCUCGAUCAGUACCCAGCAUCCACGUGCCCUCACCUGCAGUGCCCAAACUGACAAUGGCAAAAUGUCGACGGAAUGUGGAGAACUUCUUAGAAGCUUGUCGGAGAAUCGGUGUCCCUCAGGGAAGUCUGUGUUCGGUGGCUGAGGUGCUGGAGGGUGAGGCGCUCUGCUUGCAUAGGAUGGUGGAAGCCUUGCUCACCCUGGCGCCCCCUCAGAGGCCCUCUCCUCCCUCCCAGAUUGCCGGCUUUGCCCUCUUCUACCUGUCAGUUAUGUCCCUUCUCUGCGCUCUCUACUGCCAUCUGGUGCCCCGCAUUUAAACCGCACUUGAGCUCGACGAUAGUGUACAAGCAGUUAUUUUCACAGCCACUUUGUAAAGCACACCCCACGCAGCCCGUCCAUGUGUAUGAACACCUGACUAGACUUAUGAAGUUGCACAAAACUGAAGAUGUCUGGGCUAAUAGCGUAAAGCAUUCUGAUGGCAGCUGGCAGAACUGAAUGAGAAAAUGCAACAGGAAGAGGAACCCACCUGUGUCCACUCUUUUUUUUUUUUUUUUUU